ACUAGUUCCGGUGAAGAAAAAUUGUAUGUGUUUCACAACUUGACACAUAUUUUGCUAAGAUUAUUGAAAAAUUCUGUAUGCUUUCUCACUUUGAGUCAUCAUUAUGGGUGUACCAAAGUUCUAUAGAUGGGUUAGCGAAAGAUACCCAUGUCUCAGUGAAACUGUUAAGGAAUUCCAGAUUCCUGAAUUUGACAACUUGUAUUUGGACAUGAAUGGUAUCAUUCAUGUUUGUUCACAUCCUGAAGAUGAUAAUCCUCACUUUAGAAUCACAGAGGAGAAAAUCUUCAAAGAUAUCUUUCAUUAUCUAGAGUUUUUGUUCCGAAUCAUUAAACCUAGGAAAGUAUUUUUCAUGGCGAUAGAUGGAGUGGCACCAAGAGCCAAAAUGAACCAACAGAGAGGAAGAAGAUUUAGAUCGGCUCGAGAAGCUGAGCUCCUGGAGAAAAAAGCCAGAGAAUCAGGAGAGACCCUACCCACAGAAAAAAGAUUUGAUUCCAACUGCAUCACUCCAGGUACGGAGUUCAUGGUAAAGCUACAUGAACAGUUGAAGUAUUUUGUCACCAGUAAAAUCUCCAGUGAUCCUUUGUGGCAUGGAGUGAAUGUGUAUUUAUCUGGACAUGAGACACCAGGAGAGGGGGAACACAAAGUUAUGGACUUCAUCAGAUGCCAGAAAUCUAAACCAGGCUAUGAUCCGAAUACCAGACACUGUCUGUAUGGAUUGGAUGCAGAUCUGAUGAUGCUAGGUUUGGCCACACAUGAACCACAUUUCUCACUUUUGAGAGAAGAAGUAAGAUUUGGAGGAAAGAAAGAUAAAAACAAAAGACCCGCCACUCCUGAGGAAACCACCUUUCAUCUUUUACAUCUCUCUUUGUUCAGGGAGUACCUGGAUUUUGAAUUUGCUGCACUCAAGGGGAAGCUACCAUUUGGUUAUGAUCUGGAGAAGAUCAUAGACGACUGGAUUUUGAUGGGGUUCCUUGUGGGGAAUGACUUUAUCCCUCAUCUACCCCACCUUCACAUACAACAUGAUGCCCUCCCUACACUCUGGAAAACCUACAUGACUAUCCUCCCAGAAUGUGGAGGGUACAUGAAUGAAGGCGGCCACUUAAACCUUGAGAGAUUUGAGAAGUUUAUGAAUGAAUUAGCAAAGUAUGAUGUAGACAAAUUCAGUGAAGUAUUCACAGACCUGAAAUGGUUUGAAGGAAAGAAGACAGAGAAGUCGGAGCAACAAGAAGAUCAAACCAGAAAGAAUAAGAAAGAGAGUACAAACCAGUUCUUGUUAUUAGAAUCUCUUGAUAAUGAGGCAGAGGAGACUGGACCUUCCCAACCAAGCACAAGUCAAGAGAGAUCUAGGACAAACGAGGAUGAGGAAGAACUUGAUGAGGAUGAGGAUAGUGACACGUUUGAUGAGGAGUUCAGGCUCCACAAGCGUAAUUACUACAUGACCAAGCUAGAGUAUGAGAACGUGGAUAAAGAAGUCCUGCGGGACCAGAGUGAGCAGUACGUCCGGGGGAUACAGUGGAUUCUUCUGUACUACUUUGAGGGAGUUCCAUCCUGGAGCUGGUUUUACCCACAUCACUAUGCACCAUACAUCAGUGAUGUAACAGACUUUAAGGACUUGAAGAUUGAGUUUGAGAUGGCAAAACCCUUCUUACCUUUCCAACAGUUGAUGGCUGUGUUACCUGCUGCCAGUAAAGAGCUGCUACCUGAGCCAUAUCAGAAGCUGAUGACCAAUGAGAAUUCCCCGAUUAUAGACUUUUAUCCGGUGGAUUUCCAGACCGAUCUGAAUGGUAAACAGCAGGAGUGGGAGGCGGUUGUCCUUAUUCCAUUCAUUGAUGAGAAAAGACUAAUAGAUGCCAUGAAAUCAGUGGAGCAUGAACUGACCCCAGCUGAGAAGAGGCGGAAUACCCAUGGUCCCUGUCUCCUGUAUAACUUUACGCCAGACGUACUGGAACCUUACCCGUCCUCAUUACCAGAGGCUUUUCCUGAUAUUAUUAAUAAUCAUGCCAGGUUGACUAAGCUGGGAAUUGAUGCCUUCAGGGUGGAUCCCGAGGAAAUGGUGAAGGGUCUGAUGCCAGAUGUUAGAUUGGAUGUUUUCUUCCCUGGAUUCCCUACUCUCAAACAUAUACCCCACAAGGCAUUUUUGAAGAAGGAAGGAGUGAAGGUUUUCCAAAUGAACAGCAGAAAUGAAAACAUGAUACUAGAGAUACUGGAAGAUCCAGAUAGGCCAAAGGAUCUUGAAGCUGUUGCGAACACUUUGCUGGGUAAUACAACUUUUGUUAGCUGGCCUCACCUGUUUGAAGCAAAGGUUGUUCAGGUGUCUGAUGACACAGAAAGGUAUAUACUUGUUGAGUCCCCUCAGAAGGGAGGAAAGAGCCCCAGGACCAGGGAGAUUGUAAGGGAGGCCCAGAACAACACAGAGAGUAGUCUCUGGCACAGAGAAGUGGCUAGUAUUAAAGAGAGAUAUCAUGACAGACUGGGUGUUCUGGUUGGAGAAACCUCCAUUUUAUUGAAAGUCUUACCAAUGAAUGGCAGAACGUAUGUCUGUGGCUCACACGGAGUGAUAACACUCAAGAAACAGUUCGCUCAGAACCCAGUUCCCUUUGUUUAUCAGGCCACUGUUAAAGAUAUAUCUGUACAUGACCCUAGUUUCUGCCAGUUCCGUACCUUGUCAGAAAUGUUUCCCCUGGGAGAGGUGGCUUUUAUGUUGGGAUGGCCCCACUAUGGCUGUCAGGGGGAGGUCUUAGAUGUAGAGGAGGGUGAAAGCCCCAGGGUCAGGAUCAAUGUCACCACUCUGGAGGAACCCAACCUGGCCAAAUUUAUCAAUACAGAGAGGUAUAAUGACCAGUACUACACAUCGUUUCAAUCAGCCCAGUGGGUGGGAACCAGUUCACACUUCCUGUCUCGUAUCACGGGGUCUAUCUUCAUAAAACGGGGAUCUCGAGAAGAUCCUGAUGAUUCCAAAAUGGUCAACAUUGGCCUCAAUCUGAAGUUUACAAAGAAAAAUGAGGAGGUGCCAGGCUACACCAAGUUAACGAAUGAGGGGUGGUUAUACUCACAGAAAGCUACAGACACUGUUCUCGCAUACCUGCAAAAAUUUCCUGACAUGUGGGACACUCUUGUUAAUUUGGACAGAGAAAAGAAGGAUGUCUUAUAUGAGGCAGAAAUCUUUAAAAACCUGAGUGAGACUAUAGACACUGUACUUGAUUAUGUGAAGGCCCAGCCCUGCUCUCAGAUCAAACCACAGAAAGUUGGAGCCGAUGUACUGGAUGAAGGAGUUAUCAAAGCCAUAGAAAAAGAAGUCAAAAUUGUCAAUGAGAGAAAUAAACAGAAGAUAAAUGUCAAGAAAGUCAAGAUGCAAGUUAAGCCUUAUCUCCUCUACAAGCCUUUGGUCAUUCAAGGGGGAGUGUUACCUGAUCCUACGGUGCAUUAUGAGAUAUUUGACCGCGUCGUCAAUAUAAGGACAGGUUACUCCGUCCCGUUUGGCCUGAGGGGGACUGUUGUUGGGAUACAGAAGGGAGAGAAGGAUUCAGACACUAUGUAUGAUGUCAUCUUUGAUGAGGAAUUCCCUGGUGGAAUAGUUAUCAGGGGUUCAACUGAGAGAGGUUAUAGACUGCAGUCAGCAGGAAUGAUUAAUAUCACUUACGGAGCUCGCAAAAAUGGUGCAGCAAAAGAGCUCAAGUCAAAAACAAACCAACAAAACACCAGACUGUCUCAGGAUAGCAAUUAUAAUAGUUCUUUGUACCAACAAAAACAGCAGCCCUACCACCAAGGAAACCAGAAUAGAAUGUAUAACUCAUAUGCUGAUGCAUCAAGAGGAGGUCAAGGGUCAUACAGUGACCUGAUGAAUAGGAAUGAGAAAAGAGGUUAUAAUGAUUAUGGGUAUGAAGAUGGCUGGGGUUAUAAUGAUUAUGGAAGAGGACAGAAGGGUUCCAAUAGACAGGGAAACUUUGGGGGUAGAGGGUACUCAGGGGAUUAUCAGGCAAACAUUGAUUAUAGUGGUUACAGUGAUGGACAAUAUUACUCAGAUCAAGGAAGAGUCGGGUUUAAUGGUGGAAGAGGAGGGAGGAAUCAAGCUGGAAACAGAGACAUAAGGCAGCAGCAGAAAGAGGAGAACAGAAGGGAGAAUCAGAUCAAAUCCCAGCAAAGUAAAUCUCAGAGCAAGGAAUCCCCAGUCAACAGUGACAUGUAUCUAAGACAACAGAGUUUUGAUGGCAGUGAUUCUACCAAGCCUACAUUUGUGACCCCAAAAGUAGCUCAGCAGGCCCGAAAAGAGGGCAGUGCAAGGAAGAGUUUACCAGAGGGACAGAGUGAGUUUGCCAACAUGUGGAAGCAGCUGCAGUCCUCUAAUAAACCGAGCUCUGACAAGAAGACAGAGACUGCUCCACCAUCAUUAGAUCAGGCGGCAGCAGCCUUAGACAAGGUCCCAAGUCCUCAGAGACCCGAGGGUGAGACAGACAAAAAACCUCAGAACCUGACACUGGAGAAGCUGUUUAUCCAGGCCAAGUGUGCACAGGAGUCACAAGAGUCUGUAGAGAAGGAAAAAUCUCCAAAAUCUACAGAGAUGGGAGUAGAGGAAACUGCAGCAGCACUGAAGCAAAUGCUGAAGAUAGGGACAGAUCCAGGAAGUACAGAUGUUAAUUCACCAACAAAGUCUGAUAAGAGUUAUGGAAGACAGCUUUCAGUUCAGGAACUGUUUGAUGGAGCUAAACAGCUUCCUCCAACAACUCAGCUGGCUCCUGGUCAGACUGGUUCUGGUCAGUCAGUGCCUGCUGGUGAAACCCAAAGACAAAAAUCACAGAAAGAAAACCAGCAACAGAACCAAAGGAACCAGGCACCCCAUCCACACCAGGGGAUCAGAAGGAACCCGGUGAUGGAUUUAGCUGCUUGGUGUAGGUCUUUUGGAAAACCAGACCCUAAAUACGAUUGUGCAGGACAGCCAGGUGCCUAUAACUGUAUUGUCUCUCUUCCUGAUGGUGCUAGAUUCCAAGGAUCUCUAAUGAAGUCUCAGCAGGAGGCCAUUGAAAAUGCAGCAGCCAUUACCCUGCUUCAGAUUAAUCAACUAAAUCAUAUGAUGGGUUAUCCAGGAAUGAGACCGUUAGCUUCACCAAAUUCAGCAUUUAAACCAGUGCCACAAAUGUUACAGUCUCAAAAUAGGAAUAUGGUCCCAGGCAUGAGACUUCCCCGACAGUAUGGCCCUCCCCACCAGCGAUAUUAUGGACCUCCCCAGCACGGAAACUUUAGGCAGCAAUCAGCCAAUUAUCAUACUCAUUACAAUCAGAACCAACAGGGGCCUAGAAAGCCUCAGUCAGCCAAUCAGGGUGCUCGACACGGAGAUAGAUUGUCAAACUUGACGGAAGUCAAGUCUGAUUUAGAUCCUCAUAGCAACCCUUUUGUACCACUGCAGGUAACAAGACAACAGAAAACUCCCAAUAAGCGAAAAGAAUCCUCUGACUCUGUUAGGGAGACUAGUGAAAGGACUGUAGCAGAAAAAUUAGUGGUAAAAGAAGAACCAAGUUCAGCUACCAGUGAUACAAAAGACUCGAAUCAGACUGUGAUAAAAUCAGAAGCCAAAUCUACAUCUAAGGAAGCUCAGAACACGAAAAAACAAGAAAAAACGCCACAGAAAAGUCAGGGGGGACAGCAGAAAAGAAGGCCACGAAUGGCAGCCAAUCUUAACUUUGGAACUUCAUAAAAAGUUGAAAAAUGUUUUUAUUUUUAUUUCUGAACAAUGGGGACAAAAAUCAAAAACAUCAGAAUCUUGCAGAAUCUUGAUUGAAAUUAAACAUGUCGACAUUAAUUAACUUUGUUGCAACAAGUUUUCAGCAUUGUAGACAUUUGUACUGCAAUUUUGUGAUAUUUUAGCAAAGAGCAGUCCGUCCUAUUGAUAUAUAACAUUCUUUGGACAUUUGUAAUUUGUUUUAGUAAUCACAUAUAAUAGUUUUAAUGUUUGGUAUUUGUGAAUUAAAAAUUUCACAAUGCACUAGUGGUGUCUGCAAAUAUUUUGUAUAAUACUAUUAUGAAAAAAAAAUUAAUGAAAUAUUCACACACACACACACAAAUUACUAUUUAUUUUUAUGUGGAAGCCAGAAGUUCCUCAAAUUUAUUUGUACUUAGGUAAGAAUCCCUUAAUUCUUAGUUAAUCUUUUUGAGUGAAUGUUUUAUACUUUAUGUCACCAGCUUAGUAUACCUCUGUCUGUCUCUUCUCCUGUCACACUUUAUUAAACCAUGAGAGGUAGGAUUUUGAUAUUGUUUAUUGCUUGUCACCUGACUUACAGAAAACAAGAUUCUUCAUCACAUGACCUUGACCUUUGACUGAUUUUUUUAAACAGUGAUAUUCCAUAAUGCUAUCAUACAUCGUAUUAUAUUGAUAUUUAGCAUGUGUAUUUUGUGUAGAAGACCUUUUAUGAGUUCUCAGGUUUACUGACCAGAUGACCUGGAUAUCCCUUGAUGUACCUUUUUUUUUUAAAAAUUCAGUUCCAUCUUUCCCUUUUGAUUAAAUAGAGAUGGGGACUUGAUGUGUAAGAUAUGUAUCGUGUAACAAUUUUACUUUCAAAUUGAAAAUUCAGAAUAACUGACCUUGUUUCUUUGAUUUGACCUUUGACUUACAUGUAGAAAUCAAACUUCACAGGUGAACACUAUAUGUUGCUAUUGCGGGGACACUUUGUUUAUUAAACACUAGUUUUGAUAGAAAAGAGAAGAAAUAAAUCAAAAUGUCCAUGCGUACAUUAUAUUUUUUAUGGUAUUAUAGCUGGUAAAUUUGAUAUGGGCUGGAUUGCCAUUAUUUCAGAAUUAUUUCAGAGUAUUUGAAGUUUUACAUUGUAUUUCAAAAGUGUUUAGAUAUUUUCCUGCAGGGAAGUGAAUACAUGUAUGUUCCUUUGCUCAUCUCAACCUGAAGUUGAAGUGUUCAAAUUUUAAGGUGUACCUUGCGCAUAAUUCUGUGUACCUUGCAUUUAUUCACAAUGUACAGAAUGAAUUAAAUGAAAGAAAUCUGUUAAAA